UUCUCCACUGUGGGUCGUCGUGCCAUGGAACCGGUGUGUUUUAAACCGCGCGAGACACUCAGUCGGUCUCGAGUUGAGCGGCCUUGCAGUUCCGCACCGGUACCAAUCAGUUAAAUUAAAAUUCCCCCAUUUUUAUUACCCUCCCUUCCUCAUCUUCACCCCCACAAUUCAUUUUUCAUUUGUGUGAUUAAAAAAAUUACACGAGUUGGUGAUUUUACGCGGGUUGUGAAUCACCUGUGAAUGUCGUCCUGUGAUUUUUGGUGGAAUUGUUGGAGUUGUGGGUGUAAUUUUUAUUUUUUAUCAUUCCUCGGUGUUGUUGUUGUUGGAAGUUUAAAUUGAUGACAUGGGAUUUUGAUUUUCGUCCGUGGGUUCGGGCGUUUUGAGUCGUUCAGGGAUUCCUUUUCGAGUUUUCAGGGGCAUCCGUUGGUAUCGGGAAUGAUGACCGGGACAACGUGCAUUCGAAUGCGCACUGAGUGAUGUGGGACUUUAUUUGAGAGACUGAGGAGAUUUGGACGGGGUCCAGGAGUCUGGUGAGGGGUGAGUGAAGGAUGAAGAAUGCCCCGUAUCAGCGGCGACGGGGGUGGAGGUGGUGCCAAAAACGAGAAAAGCAGUGGUCUAGGGGGUUGGUUUGGAGGUGCAGCUCGAGUCAUGACAGGAAGUGGAGGAGGUGGAUAUGUCAUCCUCGGGGGAACCAAAUAUGGCAUUCGCCUGUCACAAGAGAGUAUUCCACCGGAGACAUCCCAAGAAGAUCAAAUGGAAAAAAUCCAUCGAAAUCCUCGACAGAGUGACUCCCGAGAAUGUCUAAACCCAGGAGAAUCGAAGGAGAGGUGCCCAGAGAGAUCAUCAGACCUAUCAUCAUCAAUAACCGAUUGCUGUUGCAUCGGUCCUCGAUCAAAACUCCCACUUCCCCGUAUACCUCUGUCAUCCUGCACCAGAAUAUCCAAGGGUGGCGAUACAAUUGGCAUGGGCAACACUGCCAGCACCACUGGUGCAGAUGUAACAAAAAUUAGUGGUGAAGAAGAACGACAGUCUAUUCAAUCUCCCACUAGGUUUGAGUCGACUCGACUGCCGCCAAACUCAAAUGCUAAUAAUAACUGCGGGGGGCUGCUAAUGGGGAGCCACGGCACCCAGCCACAAUCAUCCACAUCAUCAUCCACAACUCAUACCAACAGCAGUAAUACUAUCACAACUACAGCUAACGCUGGCCUCGCUCCUUCUAGUUUCACUCCAAUUGCUCACAACACUGUCUCUGUACCACGCCAAAUUGCUCAGUGGACCAAACAUCAUACCCUCAAGUUACAGGAACCAGCAAUAACAGCAGUGGACCGACUCCACAGAUUUCGAUGGAGCGGUGGCGGAGGCGGAGGUGCAGGAGGAAGAGGCAAAAAAUCAUCUUCUGGCCCCCGCAGCGAAAAAGCAGAGCGUCUCCGUGAACUCACGGAAAAAUUACAAAAAGGUCCAGCCCCUGUGCCACCACCUAGAAGACCCUCCAGAAUUCACACGUCAUCACCACCACCUAGUGGUGCACACCAGCAAUCGGCGAAUUCAGAUGUUCGUCCAUCAUCAGGACGAAGUUACACUUACAGCGAAGGAAGUACAUCAUCGAGUAACAACAGUGAUAAUCCGAAGAAAUUUGUGCGAAGUGAAAGUGUUGGUGAAGAGUGUCAUCACGAGCACGUGACGGAUGACAGUAGAAAUAGGCCCCAAUCAUCGCCGAAUCAUGAUCAUCAUUAUCAUCCACCUAAUCAGCAUGGAUUUUUAUCGAGACGUACGUCGAGAUCGAGUAAUGAUAGUGGUGUCAAUAGGCACAGUGGUGAUAUCGAGCAAGUUAAACGAUCAGCUGACAGACACAGCGAACCAAAACAUUACAGACAGUGUAGUGAUUCUUUGAUAGAUAGUAAUAAGUGUGUGAGUGAUAUUGGAGAAUUAACGGGGGGUAAUGAGAGCGAAGCGAGAGAUGCAUUGUCGAGAUUGGAACCCAGAGGACCACUCCUUGCUUUUCACAGAGGUGCACCCUGCAGAAGUGCAUCAUUUGGACAAGUGGAUUUUAAUCAAGGAAAUCGUCACAGAACUCAAACAAUUUCUCCACCAAAUGGAGAUGAGUCGAGUGACGUGCGUGCAAGUACUUUACCAAGACGUCGUGGUAACACAUCGAGUCCAACGGCUUCGUCCCCUCAGAAAAGUCCAGAUAGACAGAGUCCUUGUGCCUCAACCCCGAGUGUAGACAGCGCGGUGGGAUCAGCGGAAGGUCUCGGUGUUCAUCAAUCAAGAACACUCGAGGAGUUGCGACCCAGGAGCGAUGGAUCUGAUAGUCUAGCGACAUCGAGUGCUCUAACAAGUCCAGAACCACCGGUUCCAUCAGACAAUCACGACUUGAGGAUAACAACUCAAGAAUCUUCAGGUUCAGAUCAUGUCUUGAUGGUGGAACAGCUGCAUCAAGUGAUGGGGAGUAAUAACGGAGACGAAGUGGAGGCUAAAGUUAUAAUAACACCACCGCCUGAAGAGCCUCGGUUGAGCCAAGCCAGUGAAACUAGUGAAGCUCUGAGUGAAACCCCAUCAGGUGCCUCAUCACCGUCGGGUAAAAUCAGGCGCUGUCGGGGUGAUACCAGCAAGAGGCGAAAAGGGGUGUAUAUAACUCAGUGGCCAGAGCCAUCGGAGAAUGAGAGGAAUAAACUGGCUGCCCAGAGCAGCGAGGAAAAGGAAGAUCAGCCAGCGACAUUGAGCGAUCUAUCCGACUGCGAGGGCCACACACCACGACGUUACAGCAAACGACCACUCCGUGGACCGUACGGUCAAAUGCUCGAGGCAGAAAUGGCUAAGCCACGAUCAACAGAUAUUGCACUGGAGGAUAAUAUUCGUCAGCGUCGAAAAAUAUCAGCCAAUUUGUCGUACAGUCCUGGAGUUAACAGUAAUUCUGAACCACCCACACCGUGUCAUCACAGAACAACAUCGAGUCCGAGUAAACUCGAGGGUCUACCUGGCCCAAGUCCAGAACUUCUAGCUGAAUUACUUCGUGGAUCGUCCGAACGAGUUUCACGAUCACCUGCUCAUCGAAAUGAUACGAGGACACACGUUGUCGUGGAGCUCUACGAUACCGAGAAAUCUUAUGUCGAAGCGUUACAGAUACUAGUCAAUAAAUAUCUCCAGACAUUGAAGAAUUCUGAGAAUUCUGGACUUGUCGAUGCGGCGGUAGUAGAUGAAAUAUUUUAUCAGGUCCCUGCAAUUCUCAGUCACCACGAAAUAUUCCUAGAAGAAUUGAGAAAGCGUCUAGAAACCUGGGAACUUCGCCAGACAAUCGGUGACGUCUUCCUCGACGUGUUCACCAAACCUGUUGUCCUGGAGACAUACACACUGUUCCUUGACAACUGGAAAUCAGCGAAGAAAGCGAUAAAAACGACAUGCCAGACAAAGCCAGCAUUCGCUCGAUUUCUCGACACGAUGGAACGAGAACACAAGGGAAAACUAGGACUUGAUCAGCUACUGAUCAAGCCAGUCCAGAAGAUCCCGAGGUAUGAACUCCUCAUUCAGAGGCUUCUGAAGCAUACGGACAAGAGCCAUCCGGAUUAUGAGCUGCUGACAGCUGCCCAGAGAGAAGUCCACGAGCUAGUUGUCAAAAUAAAUUGCACAGAGAGAGAAUCUCUCGAGUGGGAGCAACAGCAAACAACACUCAGAGAGGUCCAAUCCUUGGUUGAAGGAUUAGCUGGGAUAGUUACCAAUGAUAGAGCAUUUGUACGACACGAUUUGGUGACAAUCGCUUCGAAUCAGGGCACCAGAAAAGAAAGAGCAUUAUUUUUAUUUUCGGAUCUUCUUGUCAUUACUAGUAUUAAACGAAGAAGUGGAACCAUUCGAAAACCGUCAACAACAUCGUGUCCGAAUAGUUUAGUAGGUUUACUCGAAGCGAAUAAAUACAAACUUCUCAUGAGAAUUUCGCUCGAUGAUCUUGAAGUGAUGAAAGCCAAAGAUGAAAACCUAAGGAGAAUGGCACGAGAGGUUGAUCACUUGAGAGAAGACUGCGCUAGGUUAUCACAACUUCAGGAACUCGCUGGUACUUUGCAUGGAUCGAAGCAUCAGCUCGAGGAUCUUAUCAAAGAGUUGCUGAGCCAAACGCAACGUCAAUUAGCCGAGAGAAAUGCAGCGCAUUCACAACUCGCAUGUUUGGAAUUAACUCUGAAUACUCAAUCUGGAAUUGAAAACAUUUCAGUAAUGUUUACAAAACCUGAUAAACGUGCGAGUUGGGAGGAGAGCUUCAAUGAGGCCAAACAGAAAUUAGCAUUUUCGGCUGAUCGUAGACCUUGUCCAGAGUUCGUGGGACCUCUACCCAUUCGAAAAACACGGGCUGGCCUACAGUUUACCUGUGCGGCGCCAACAAUACUUAAUGGCCAAGGUGUUCGUGAUGUUUGGGUUUGCAAUAGUGAUGGAUAUGUUGGACAAGUGUGUGUACUCAGUUUAACACCAGAACCUCCUCAAGUUACGUCCUGCAAUGGUGUUUGCAAUGCCCGGAUUUUGUGUGUCGCAGGAAUACCCGCUGGAUCUUCUAGUUCGAAUUCAUGUACUUUGAGUAAAAAGAAAUUCACUGUUAGUAAAAGUGGAAUCAGUAUUUCAAUUCAAGAUACUGAUGUUAGCAGUGGAAACAUCCAAUUAGACAGUAGUUCGAGUUCAGAGGAUUCUGACUCAGAUGAUAUUCCCUGCGCCGACACAGCCGGUGGUUCAUUGUGUGGAGAUGUAUCGAGCAUUGAUGGAACCAUCGAGGAAGACAUGAAUCAACCAACCAUGUGGUUGGGCACCGAAGACGGUUGCAUUCACGUUUAUAAUUGCAACGACAACAUUCGCAUUAAAAAAAAUAAAGUGAAGAUUCAACCCGGGAGCGGCGUCCACUGUAUCAUGUACGUCGAAGAUAAAGUAUUCGCUUCUCUGGCCAACGGUGACGUUGUGAUUUAUUCUCGUGAUCACUGUGGUUGGAAUACCCUGGAACCAUUGACAGUAUCAGUGGGAACGCCAUCGUCACCUGUCACAAAAAUGGUACCAGUGGCUGGUAAAUUGUGGUGCAGUUGUCACAACAUAGUGAAAGUUCUCAACAUCUCGACAUUAGAAAUCGAGCACUCGAUGAAUGUCAGUGGCGAUACAACACGACCAAUUUCGUGUAUGGCAACAUCUGGUGGUGUUGGAGUGUGGAUAUCAUUACACAAUAGUGCUGUUCUCCGACUUUUUCACGCAACCACUUACGAGUGUCUCACCGACAUCAAUAUCGCUCCAGCCGUUACUAAAAUGCUCUCCAGUUGCGAUGAUAUAAUUCGUCAGCAUAAAGCUGCUUGUCUACGUGUCACUGCAUUGCUUGCGUGUAAUGAUCUGUUGUGGAUUGGUACAAGCGCUGGAGUUCUACUUACCGUUCCCAUUCCACACAUGAAACCAUCGACGCAGAGAUUAUCACAGCCACCACUGGUUACGGGUAUUCCCCAUGGUCACACGGGUCACGUUCGAUUUCUCACGUGUGUGGAAAUUCCGUCACCCUCAAAGCCCGAUCCUCUUCCAAAAGUUAAUCUGUACUCAAUGAAGAAUACUAAAACAAACCAGAAUAAUAUGGAACGUACUAAACUUCUUGUAAUAUCCGGUGGUGAUGGCUACGAGGAUUUUCGUGGUCCGCAGGCAUCUGCCGAACUUCAAGCGGGACGUGAGGAUUCAACGAAUCAUUUGUUGCUCUGGAAAGUUUGACAACAGUUGAACGGCUCAAACGAGCCUGAGGAAUAUUGAGACCCGAUUAUAUCACCGUCUGUGGACGUCUGAUUGAUUUGUCCGAUCGACUCGGAGACGAGUAUCGAUCGACUGCUGCAAAUACCGGUAUGAAAUUCAAAAGGCUCUUGUCGUUUUCAAUGAUUUUCCGACGCUCCAUUAUUGACGAUCAAAACUCAUUUUUACGUGAAAGUAACGAGUUGAGGUGAGAGCGUCAUCGAAACCAUUUGAUCUUUUGAAGGACCGAUAAUAUUUUCAUUAUUGAGAAUAUCUAAUAUAUUUGAUAAAUAAAUUCUACUGAUGAUUGAUGAA